AUGUGGCGAGGAGAAUUCACAAUGAGCUCCCCCAAGGUAGUCAUCAUUGGCGCCACCGGUGCACACGGCCGAGAGAUUAUCAAGGGCCUGUUGGAAUCCCCCACAAAAUUCGACAUCAACACAAUCAGCCGCAAAGCCAGCGUGGAUAAGCCGCAGAAUGCAGCGCUCCGAGAAAAGGGCGUCAAGGUGUUUGGCGUCGACAUGCUCGGCCCGCGGGAGGAGCUGGUCAACGUCCUCCGGGGCGCCGAUGCCGUGGUCGCGCCCAUCGACUUUGACAACUUUGAGGAGCAAAAGGCCCUCGUCGACGCCUGCAAGGAGGCGGGCGUCAAGCGGCUCACGCCCAGCAACUUUGCGCCCGUCAUGCCGGCGUACAACGUCAUGGGGAUGCGCGAGACGAAAGAAGCAACCAUAAACUACAUCAAGGAGCAGAGGGUUCCCUACACCAUCAUCGACGUCGCGUGGUGGUAUCAGAACCUCCCCUUCAAAAUUCCCUCUGGCAGGACAGACUACAUGUCGGAGAUCCUCAACGACGACGCACGCAUCAUCGGCACCGGCGACGUACCCAUCGCCUUUUCCAACCUGCGAUCAAUCGGCACCCACGUGGCGAGGAUCCUUGCGGACCCUCGGACCAUCAACAAGUACGUCCACAUUUGGGACGAGGUCUUGACCAUGCACCAAGUCGUCGAGACGUUGGAGGAGGUUAGCGGUGAGAAGGUGGAGCGAGUCUACAACACCCAAAAGGAUAUGGAGGAGACCAUGGCAAAAUGCAAAGCCAAGCUCGCGGCGGAUCCAAAAGACCAAGACGCCGGGAUGGAGCUGACCGUCACCCAGUACUUUUACUCCAUGGGCGUGCGCGGGGACAGCACGCCCGAGGUGGCCGACUACCUGGGCUACCUCGACAGCCGCCGCCUCUACCCGGACAUCAAGGCGUCCACGCUGCGGGAGUAUUACAAGACGGUUCUUGAAGGCAAGGAGGCCAACCCUUAUGCCAGCUCAUAA